GCUCUGCAGUCAGCUGCGAUGUGAGGCAAUGCACAUUCGGCGGAGCAGAGAAACGAGAGGAAUACGGCAAGGGAGGAAGAGGGAGUCAAAGGGAGAGAAUACGGUCAAACACACAAUAGCAUCAUGGCACCCAUAGGACUCAAGGCGGUGGUCGGUGAAAAGAUUAUGAAUGAUGUCAUCAAGAAGGUGAAGAAGAAGGGAGAAUGGAAGGCCCUGAUUGUGGACCAGCUGAGCAUGAGGAUGCUGUCCUCCUGUUGCAAGAUGACCGACAUCAUGUCAGAGGGUAUCACCAUUGUGGAGGAUAUAAACAAGCGACGAGAGCCUCUUCCCACCCUGGAGGCCAUUUACCUGAUUACCCCCACUGACAAGUCUGUGCAGACCCUAAUCGGAGACUUCAAAGACCCACAUUCAGCCAAAUACAAAGCAGCCCACGUCUUCUUCACUGACUCCUGCCCAGACCCACUUUUCAACGAGGUAGUGAAGAGCCGUGCCUCCAAAUCCAUCAAGACCCUGACGGAGAUCAACAUCGCCUUCCUGCCCUACGAAUCGCAGGUAUACUCUCUGGACAACCCGGAUGCCUUCCAAAGUUUCUACAGCCCCCAUAAGACCCAGCUGAAGAACCCAGUGAUGGAGAGGCUGGCAGACCAGCUUGCCACCCUGUGUGCCACCCUGAAGGAGUACCCUGCUGUCAGAUACCGAGGGGAGUACAAAGACAACGCCACCCUGGCCCAGCUGUUGCAGGACAAACUGGACGCCUACAAGGCAGAUGACCCCACCAUGGGGGAGGGUCCCGAUAAGGCUCGUUCUCAGCUGAUCAUCCUGGACAGGGCUUUUGACCCCGUCUCCCCCGUACUGCAUGAGCUCACCUUCCAGGCCAUGGGCUACGACCUGCUGCCCAUUGAAAACGACGUCUACAGAUAUGAUUCCCCUGGGAUGGGAGACACUUCUCAGAAGGAGGUCCUGCUGCACGAGGACGAUGACCUGUGGGUGGGGCUCAGACACAAACAUAUCGCUGAGGUGUCCACGGAGGUGACACGCCAGCUGAAGGACUUCUCUGCUAGCAAGAGGAUGAACACUGCUGGAGAGAAGACCACCAUGAGGGACCUCUCUCAGAUGCUGAAGAAGAUGCCCCAGUACCAGAAGGAGCUGAGCAAGUACUCUACUCACCUGCAGCUGGCUGAGGACUGCAUGAAGCACUACCAGGGCACAGUGGACAAGUUGUGUCGGGUGGAGCAGGACUUGGCCAUGGGUACAGACGCUGAAGGGGAGAAGAUCAAGGACCCCAUGAGGGCCAUCGUGCCCAUCCUGCUGGACGCCAACGUUACAACCCACGACAAGAUCCGCAUCAUCCUUCUCUACAUCUUCCUCAAGAAUGGCAUCACAGAGGAGAACCUGAACAAGCUCAUCCAGCAUGCCCAGAUCCCUCCCGAGGACAGUGAGAUCAUCACCAACAUGGCCCACCUGGGUGUGCCCAUCAUCACAGACUCCACCCUCCGCAGGGGGAAGAAGCUGGACAGGAAGGAACGUGUGAGUGAGCAGACCUAUCAGCUGUCACGCUGGACACCACUGGUCAAGGACAUCAUGGAGGAUGUGAUUGAAGAUAAGCUGGACACCAAGCACUACCCUUACAUAUCUACCCGCUCCUCUGCCUCCUUCAGCAGCACUGCAGUCAGUGCCCGGUAUGGCCAAUGGCACAAGAAUAAGACCCCAGGCGAGUACCGCACCGGGCCGCGCGUCAUGGUCUUCAUCAUCGGAGGCGCGUCCUUCAGCGAGAUGCGCUCUGCCUACGAGGUCACGCAGGCCAACGGGAAGUGGGAGGCCAUCAUUGGUUCCACCCACACCAUCACCCCCAUCAAAUUCUUAACGGACCUGCAGCACCCUGACUUCCGAGAGUCCACUAGGGUGUCCUUUGAGGAGCCAGACGCAGGCUCAGACGAGUGAGACAGAAAGAGAGAGGGAGGGAGGGAGAGAAAAAUCACACUCUGACAAAGAUCGACCCACGUCUUCACCCCCACCGCCCUCCUGGAACAGCUCAAGACCAUGAACAAACCAGACGAGGAACCGGCAAGCUAAAAAUCGCCCAGCCCCAUCCAUCUCCUUCCAGUCUUCUCACCUUAACCUGCCCCCCCAGUCACCUUCCCCAGAUCCUACGUUCGUUCUGUAUGCAUCUUGACAAUGACAGCGUUAAUUAACAAGAUAAAUAUUUAAACAGAUCUAAAUCAUGUUGCAAGUAUUCUCAUAUUUUAAAAUGGAUGCAAAUAACGGAAAGUAUUUUAAAAAAUAUAUAAAAAAUAAGUUUAAAUAUCAACUAAGGCCAUUUGAAACUGAAAGUACCAAAUGUAAUAUUGUAUGCUAUGAAUCCUGCUAGAAAGUGUAAAAGGUAGAGGUUUUCUCUGUUUGUUCCCCUCAGUUUAUCUUCUUGGUGUGAUUUUUUAUUGGUCGUGGGUGGAGGAGGGAUGCCUAGGAAAGUCAAUGCAGUAAAAUCCCAUCACUCAACAUGCAACAUAACUCAUCCCUGUCCUAUCAGGGGGGAGAAUCCUAGCUGGUCGAGAUGUUUGUAUCAGUAGCAUGCCUGAACAUUGUCCGUACUGUUAAUGCAUAUCCUUCAGUGUGGCAAUACCGUAACCAAAAGCAACUCGAGAAAUCAUUCAAUCACAGUAAGACAGUGACAAACAGCUAGACUGACCCUAGGUCUGAGGAUAGAGAAAAACGGCACUCUGUAAAUAGCUACAGAAUGCUAGAAGCAUCCCUCCUCCAGCCCUAAAACUGUAUUUACUCACCACACCCUUUUCCUCCGGAGAGAUUUCACGUUUUAGUGUCAAAAAGGCCAUUGCUUGCAGAUGUUUACAGAAUAAUCCAGGGCCGCUUGUAUUUCAAUAUUGUAUCCUGUCACAUUAUACACCGAGUGUAUAAAACAUUAGGGACGCCGUGCUAAUUUUCAGUUGCAUCCCUUUUUGCCCUCAGAACAGCCUCAAUUCGUUGGCGCAGGGCUCUACAAGGUGUCAAGUGUUCCACAGGGAUGCUGGUCCACGUUGACUCCAAUGCUUCCACAGUCGUGCCAAGUUGGCUGGAUGCUCUUGGACCAUUGUUGAUACACACAGGAAACAGUUGAGCUGAAAAAAAUCCCUGCAGCGUUGCAGUUCUUGACACUCAGGUGUACCUGGCACCUACUACCAUACCCGGUUCAAAAGCACUUAAAUCUUCUGUCUUGCCCAUUCACCCUCUAAAUGGCACACAUACACAAUCCCAUGUCUCAAGCAUGAAAAAUCCUUCUUUAACCCGUCUCCUCCCCUUCAUCUACACUGAUCUGAAGUGGAUUUAACAGGUGACAUCAAUAAGGGAUCAUAGCUUUCACCUGGAUUCACCGGUCAUGGAAAAGUGCAGGUGUUCCUAAUGUUUUGUGCACUCAGUGUAAGUCAUCAUUGGUUAGUAUCAAAAUGUUUAACCGGGCCAAGCACGGAGUAGUGUGUUGUGUAUAUGCCAUACGUUGGAUGUCUUUAGUGUCUCACUGUUGACUGUUGAUGUUUCUGACAGUGAAGUAGUAAAAGAUUUCCUUUAAAACAAUACGAAUGUGAAGCCACGUGUGUCUGUGAUGUUUUAUCUUUAGCUGUAAACUGGGAAAAUAACUAAUAUCUAUAUUUUGUUUUUGUCUGUCCGUUAGCUUUUCUCUGCUGGUGCAAUGUCAACUCUUCCAAUGGCGAAUGGCUUUGCAAAGAAAACUUAACACCAUUUCAGCGUUUUAUAUCUAUCUUUUAUUUCUCUUUCCUGGCCAAACAGGUUGUAUAUUGCACGAUGGGUUUACCGUGAUGAAAACGCUUCAUUGGAUUUUGAAUUGUUUCCUGUUAACAGUUGCUGUUGUAGAGGGUCUCUGUCUAUUCAAUUCAUGUAUAUCAAAGUUAUUUAUCAAGAGAGAAAAAAAAUCUUAAUUAAAAAAAAUGUAAGUCUGUCCUAAACCUGUUUAACUCAUUGGGAUUCUAUGUUUGCGAGUGAAGCAGAAACAAAACUAUACUUCAUGUGUACCAAUGUACCAAGGCUGUCUAAUAAAUUGGCUUCCAUUA